UGUUUUUUGCACAUUAACUGUGUAAAGAGCAAUUAUUUAUGAAGAAUAUUAUAUAAGAAGAUGGAACAUUGUAUGAGUAGCAAUAACAACUGUGCUCGCUUGCUGUAAAGUGCUGAACUCAGCACAAGGUUGUCUGUGUUUUCUUGUCUGCACUGAGUUGUUUAAGCAUCUGUGGAUUGCAGACGAGAGAUGCAGACGUGACCGACUGUCCUUGACUGGCCUCUGCUGACUUACACACUCAGACACAGAAUCUAUCUAAUGAGGUAUUUUACAUGUUUACAUGCUGGGAAAUAACAAAGCUGUCUGCUGAGGAGCAGAGAGAGAGCAGAUGACAGCCGAGCUUUCUGGAUUGGUGGUGUCUGAAAUGAGUCCGAAUCUCUCCCUUUGCAAAAGUUUGAACUUUAAUGCAGACUCUUGUGCGAUUUAUUUCUUUUCCCACUGCACAUUAGAUCUUUGGUGUCCUGAACCAUCAUAACCUGCGAACCUGGCCUGUAACACUUAACAGAUAGAGAGAACGAGAAAAAUGUUUAAAUUGUUGUUUUUACACUCCGUGUCGCUAGGAGGCGCUUUAAUUUCAGGUCUGGAUAAGGUCCUUGUUUCCGGUUUUAGCCUCUUUUAUAGAAAUAAAAUCAACAAUUUUCGUUGUGAUUGUUAUAUAAAAACAGAAGUUUAGAGUGAUGAAAGUCUUCAAAAACGGAGAACUAAAUUUCACAGUCGAUGUUUCACAUCUGCGCGUCUGUAUGGAGGAGGAGGAGAAAGAGGAGGACAGAACAUUUCUGGAUCAGGAGCAGCCAGAGUUUCCACAGAUCAAAGAGGAAGAAGAGGAGGAGGAACUCUGCAGCAGCCAGGAGGAAGAGCAGCUGUUCCUGAAGCAGGAGAUCAAAUCUGAAUGUGAUGAAAUAUUUGUAGUCCAGUACGAAGACUUCUCAGAGAAAAACAUCUGUAAGGAGGAGACUGAUGAUGAGCAGCUUCUCUGGAAGCAGGAGAGGAGCUCCAGUCUGGAUGAAGAGGAACCAGAGCUUCCACUGAUCAAGGAGGAGGAGGAGGAGGAGCACUUCAUCAGUGAGGAAGGAGAUCAUCUUGAAAUGAAGCAGGAAAAUGAUGCUUUCAUGGUCACUGAGUAUGAUCAGGAAAAGAUGGACUCCAAACCAGAACCAAGUGAGAAUCCAGAUCUGGAAGGAAGCACUCAGAUCAGAAACAGUGAUGCUGUUGAAUCUACUUCACAUGAGAGCUUACAUUGGUGUGGAACAUGUGGAAAAGUUUUUACCCGACGUCGUAAUUUGAGUGUUCACAUGAGAAUACACACGCGUGAACGACCUUCUUGUGAAGUUUGUAAGAAGACCUUUUGCCACGCAGAGAGUUUGCUCCAUCACAUGAGAACCCACACAGGCGAGAGGCCUUUCACGUGUCCACUAUGUGAAAAAGGUUUCAUUAAAAGAUGUCAAUUACAAGUCCACCUCAGAAUUCACACAGGUGCGCGACCUUAUACCUGUGAAGUGUGUAAAAAAACCUAUAACAAUAGUAGUCACUUUAAAGUCCACAUGAGAAGUCACACAGGUGAAAGGCCUUUUACCUGUGACGUUUGUGAAAAAGGUUUCACUACAAUUGCUCAGUUAAAAGUCCACAUGAGAACGCACACAGGUGAGAAGCCUUUUACUUGCCAAGUGUGUGAAAAAGGUUUUGCUCAAAUUUGUCAAUUAAAUGUCCACAUGAGAACCCACACAGGUGAGAGACCUUUUACAUGUGAAAUAUGUGGAAAAAGUUUCACUAAAAGUAUUCACUUGAAAGUCCACAUGCGAACCCACACAGGAGAGAGGCCCUAUACUUGUAAAAUAUGUGGAAAAAGUUACGCUCAAAGUAGUUAUUUAAUAGUCCACACGAGAGGUCACACAGGAGAGAGGCCUUACACUUGUAAAAUAUGUGGAAGAAGUUAUAUUCAAAGUAGUAAUUUAUCACUUCAUCUGAAAAAAUCACACAGGUGAGAGGCCUUUUGCUUGCAAAGUAUAAAACCUUUUUUUUAAAUCAAAAGCCUACAUGGGAACGCACACAGAUGAGAAACCUGUUUCAUGUAAAAUAUAGACAAUUCUGUCAUUUUUGUGCUUUAGCCCACAUGAGCACCUACACAGGUGAAAGGUGUCACUCAAAGUUGUAACUGUAUUUCUUCUUUAUUUUGUUGUUUUUUGUGAUGUGUUGUUUUUUUUUAAUAAAAGCUAGCUUAACAG